AUGGGGAAAAGCGAAUACUCUCGAACAGUGGCGGGCAGUGACUCCGGGUAUGGAGGCGACGAGGCGACGGACAGGUCGUCCUCUUCCCUGCAUCCUCUAGUUCGAAAGGGCUAUGAGAUCGGCCCGGCGUCAAAGCUGCAAAUAGGAGACGUUUUUGAAUUCCUUUGGGCCGACUGCCCGGAAUUCGAAUAUGAAUGGAAGUGUCUCGGAUACACCAGAUUCAUCGUGCUCCGGCAUUCCGACAGCUUUCCUAUGCACUGCUCUUGCGUGCCGAUAUCCGUAGGCGGCAAGAGAAACUUCGCGAAGCCAGGCAUAGACACUUUACAACAAGGACACGUCUAUGCCUCAGGAGACCGAGACCGAGACCGUGAUGGCGCCGAGUCCCAAGCUUCCAACCAGCAGGAAAGGGGCCAUCCGCAACUCCCGUACUCAUCCGUCGGCAUUAACUUGCACAGCGGCCGCCACAAAGUGAAGGACGACUCCCGCGCAAAUUACGCAGAUAUUAUAGAGGUAGACCACGAAGCCCAAGUCAUGGUAGUCGGCGAUGUGGUGAAAUACUUCGACCGGGUGCGCAAGAACGUGAACAAGGCGUUUAUGCGGCAGAUCCUACGAGACGCGCUAGGUGACUACUGCGAACGCAAGCGGAGCGAAUCCGAGGCUGCUGGGACCAGGGGAUGGGGAAACAGCACGGCAUCACUCAUCAAGGUGGCGCAAAGCCAACCGGGGGACGAUGAUAGUACCCCAGCUGAGGCUACGACCGUCGCCGAGAAACAGACUAAAGAUGUUCAUCCGCUUGAAGGUAGCACAAAUGCUGCAGAGAAGGACAUUGAGGAGAGCUCCAGUGACGAAGCGAAAGAGGAAGAGGAAGAGUGGGAGCAAGCAAGCAGCAGCGCUGCUUAUCCACCUCGCACUUCAGACCACCGUGCCAUCAGAGCAGCGUCGCGCGCACGAACGCAUUCAAGAACCCGUUCGAGAGCAGGCAGUCCGGUGCGCGAAGCUCAGGUGGGCAUCAAACCGGGCAUGGAUCGGGCUGGGCUGCAGAGCCUGCGCAACCUCAGGCGCGGAGCGGCCAGCGAGGAGCAUGACGAAACACAAUCUCUGCGGUCGCUGGCCAUGGAGCACGAGAGACGAAUCAUGUAUUGGUCUUCCGAGGCCCCACGAUGCCGGCCCUGCAUCUUCAUCAAGCUGAUCCCAUCUCUAGCAGCAAAGUCGCAAAGUGAUCCGCCUAAUAGUCCCCUGCCAUCGCACACAGGUCCUUUGCUCGCCUGUCUCGUGUGGCGUGGGCUGGUCAUGUGUAAAUUGACUAUGAUGCCGCAGAUCUAUUACACGCUCAUGAUGGCAUUGGCCGCGACCGCGCUCAAGUCUGCCGAAUACACCCUGCAGGUGCCCGACGACAUGACAUGUGGUGAAACUUUCUAUCUCCUACGACUCCUUCCAGAGAUCCGUAUCAAGGUCUGGAAAGCCGCCAUGCCCGACUUCGCUCCCUGUCACUUCUAUUUAUGUAUUAAGAAGAACCCUGCGGGUGCCGCCUUAUCCCUUGUUCCCAACGACAGCGCAAUGAAGCACCGCAAACGCAUCGCUGCUCUUUCCGCUGUUUGCCGGGAAGCGAGGCACGAAAUCAUCCUGCAAUACCCCGACCUCCUUCCUUUACACGGACUACGAGCUUCUAUGAGGUUCAACUAUUCUAGCGACGUUGUGAUGCUUGAUGGUUUGCUGAUGGAACCAAACGGAGUGCCUUUUGGUUACAGCUUUCUCGGCCAUUUCACUUCACGUGGGAUCUUUUUCACUCGUGGAUGGAACGCUCAGGUUCAGAACAUCGCUUUCAAGGAAGCCGAUUCGUUGGCGUACGAAGAUGAAAUUGCGCUCUUUUACCGGGUGAGAAGCGCGCUCCCUCUUGUCAAGCGGGACCUCGAAUUCCUCAGCCUUUUUCCUUGCAUCAAGUCUUACUUCGUGCACUUCUCUGCUAUGUGUGAUUCGGGGACAUAUUCGGCUGUCCGAAAGAAGUGUCAGCAAGUGUCAGUACAGGCGUACGUUGAACAAGAAUGCGCAAGCCUCGAGGAUAUACCAAUGCCGGAGGUAGCAAUCGACACACCCCAGAACUUGCAGUACUACCCUCCGAACAGAAAGGAUGGUGCCACCGAGUUUCUGCGAUAUAAUACGGAGUGGAAAGCCAGACUGGGUUCCAUAAUGCAGCAGAUCGUGCAAUCAAGCGAGCCCAAUAGCAAGUACCGAGCCCUGGUUGAGAGGCUGAGUGGAAUCAACUAUUCUGCAAUCAUUGGCUUCUGGGUGUGUCCUGUACCACGCACAGCGGUGCUCGCGUUGGGCCGAGAGCGCCGUGACGCCAUUUUUCUUGAAAUGGACAAGCAACUGGCUCGAGGGAAGAAGCCACAUUCCUGA